UUGAUUUUAUGAAGGGGAAGCAACGCUUGAGAAAAAUAUUCUCUUCUCUUCUCUACGUUUCUUUUUAUUAAACAAUACAAUAUACAUAAUAUUUCUCAAUAUUGUCAAUAUUAAAUUAAUAAGAGAAGAAAAUAUAUUUUUGUUAAUAACUUAUAUUCAUAACAAUGAUAUACAGGAAAUUCAUUGGAAAAAAUUUUCUCUGAAAAUAUAUCAAUAUCAAUAAUGUUGGUAUUAAUGACAACGAGAUUGACAGAUCGUUUUGACUAAAUUUAUUGGGGUACGCGAGUUGUGUGUAUUAAUUGUAGCGGAAUAUUUAUAUUGUUAUUUGUGAGCAAAAAAAUAACAUGGAUGAAGCAAAAUUUCUGAAAAGAAAAGUGAGAUCUGGAACAUUGGAUGUACAUCCAACGGAAAAAGCAUUAAUAAUUAAUUACGAUGUCGAAGCACUCAUUUUAGGAGAACUUGGUGAUCCUAUGCUUGGAGAUCGCAAGGAAUGUCAAAAAAUAAUUAGAUUAAAAAGUUUAAACGCUGAUACAAAUGUAGCAUUAUUAGCAAAAGAAGUUAUGGAUAAAUGUUCUUUGAUACACGAAUCCAAACUACACGAAGUCGAACAACUUAUUUAUUAUCUUCAAACACGUAGAACAAAUGAAAGUGGAAAUGACAGUACUACUCAACUCCAAAGACCAACAUCUUCUAAUUCUAUGAAUAUUGAGAGUAGUGAAUCAGAACGUGCUAUCAUCAGUAAUGUUAAUAAUUAUAUUGAGUUAUUAUACGAAGAGAUGUCGGAUAAAAUAAAAGGGUCGUCGUUGAUUCUACAAUUAGCACGUAUACCUGACAAUCUUUUGGAAUUAACUAAGAAUGAUUCAUUAUUAAGUGCUUUAGCUAGAGUUCUUCGAGAAGAUUGGCGACGCAGUAUAGAACUUUCAACAAACAUCAUAUAUAUCUUUUUUUGCUUUUCAAUGUAUAGCCAGUUUCAUAAUAUUGUCCUUGAAUAUAGAAUUGGAUCUCUUUGUAUGGAUAUUAUAAAUUUUGAAUUAAGUCGUUAUGAUCAAUGGAAGGAGGAUAUGGAAAAAUGUAGACGUCAUUUUGAAAAUACUACUGGUUUAGUUCUUUUUCCAACUACAAAUGAUGCAUGCGAUAGAAGAAUAAAAAUUAUUGAUGAUAUUUGGAAUACAGAUGGUCCUCUGGAUUAUGAAGUAAAAAGAAGAUCUGUAGAAGUUAAUUCUAGUGUCAGUGAAAGUGAUUUGAAGAAGAUGAAAGAUGAACUUGAAAAAAGUCGCAAAAAAUUUAAAAGUUUAACUAAAAAACAGGAACAAUUGCUAAGAGUUGCUUUCUACUUAUUAUUGAAUAUUGCUGAGAACAUGGAUGUUGAAAGAAAAAUGCGUAAAAAAAAUAUCAUUGGUAUGUUGAUUAAAACAUUGGACAGAACUAACACUGAUUUAUUAAUUCUGGUUGUUACGUUUUUAAAAAAAUUAUCUAUUUUUCGCGAAAACAAGGAUAUAAUGGCAGAGGAUAACGUGAUUGAGAAACUACCACGACUUCUUCAAAAUAAUAAUAUAGAUCUUAUAUCAUGCACAUUAAAACUACUCUUCAAUUUAUCUUUUGAUGCAAAGUUAAGAGCAAGAAUGAUACGAGUUGGUAUGUUACCAAAAUUGAUAAAAUUACUCAGUCAUGGUGAUAUCAAAAGCAAAGUUACAAUUUUAGGAUUGUUGUAUCAUGCAAGUAUGGAUGAUAAAGUCAAAUCUAUGUUCACAAAUACCGAUUGUAUUCCAAUGGUGAUGGAUAUGAUUUUAAAUCUUGAAGAUGAACACUUAAAACAAGAAUUAAUUGCACUUGGAGUAAACUUAGCAACGAAUGCUAGAAAUGCACAGCUUAUGAUAGAAAAUAAUCACUUGCAAAAUCUUAUACAGAAAGCAUUCAGAAAUCAAGAUGCAUUGAUCAUGAAAAUGAUUAGAAAUAUUUCUCAACAUGAUUCGGUGAAAGAGAAUUUUGUUGAAUUUGUAGGUGAUUUUGCUAUGGCUGUAAAUCAAUCAGAUUCUGAGGAUUUUGUAAUAGAAGUUGUUGGUAUUUUAGGAAAUCUAGAAUUAUCUGAUUUAGAUUAUUCCCAAAUUCUUCAACGAUGUAAUUUAAUACCUUGGAUACGCAACAAUUUAGUUCCAGGAAAAGCACAAGAUGAUUUGGUACUUGAGGUUGUUAUAUUUUUGGGCACUGCAGCUAACGAUGAAGAUUGCGCUCGUUUAUUGUGCAAAGCAGAUAUACUUCUAUCUCUUAUUGAAUUGCUUAAAGCAAAGCAAGAGGAUGACGAAAUGGUUUUACAAAUAAUCUAUGUAUUUUAUCAAAUUUCUAAACAUGAUUCAACAAGAGAUUAUUUAAUCCGCGAGACUGGUAAUGAAGCACCUGGGUAUUUAAUAGAUUUGAUGCAUGAUAAGAAUCCAGCAAUUAGAAAAGUUUGUGAUGCUUGUUUGGAUGUUAUUGCUAUGUGUGAUAAGAAUUGGGCAGCACGUAUAAAAGUAGAAAAAUUCCGAUCGCAUAAUCAACAAUGGUUGGAAAUGGUAGAAUCUAUAGGGGCAGAUGCAGCUACACAUUUACUACCAGAUGAAGAUGAUAGUCUCUCACCAUUUCUAAGUGGAGAACUUUUAAAACAUACCAUGUUAUUCCCUUCUGGUAACUCGGCAUUAUACAAUACAGAUGAUGGAUUUUCUUUGAUGAAAAAUUCAUCAGGAUCAUCUGAAAAUCUUAGUCGUCCAGUUAGCAGAUACAGAGAUCUUGAUGAAAUAGGAGAACUUAUGGCACGUUCAAAAUCACGAUUGUCUAUUGGCACAAGUUUAGAAGAUUCAUAUUACAGCAACAGAGUUAAAUUUACUGAUCUGGAUAAUCCUCAUGUAUUAAUAUGAGAGCAAAGUUACAUUACAUAUUAUUAAUAUGUAUUUUCUCAUGAUUCCUAUAUGUAUCAAAGCUUAUGUUCUUUCUUAUAUGCAAAAUGUUAGAGUAAGUAUUCUACAAAGAUGUGUCUCUAUUGAAAGAACUAUAUUGUGAAGUUAUAUGACAGAUUUGUUUGAUCUCGUAGUUUUAUAUAUAUAUAUAUCUAGUGCCUUUCUUCUUUGUUAAUUUAUAGACAUAUUUCAUUACUCUUCAAUUACUAGUCAUUUAUUUUAGUUAUUAUAUUAUUAGAUUGCAAUUAUUCUAUAUAACAGUUGCUAUAUUAUGAAGUAGACGUAAAGUUCCAAAAAAAUGUAAAAUUUCUUUAAAACUUCUUUAUAUAAAUAUCUUUUAAAGUAUCCAAUGUAAAAAAUACAUAAAUGUUGGAAGCUAAUACCAAAGAGUUUUAUAUGUAAAAUUAAAUUGAUUUUAUCAGAAACAUAAGAAUAUUUAAAAUAAUGAUAUAUCAACAAUAUUGAAUAUUUUUUAUAUGCUUACAAAUUAUGGUUUAGUUUUUUUUAUAUAUAGCAGAUAAACUGAAUAUGGCCUUGAACAUAAAAUUGUUUAUAGCAUUGUAUGAUUAGUGCAAUAUAGUUAGUAAAGUAUAAGAAAUUAUUUAUAAAUUAUAAAUUGAAAUUUAUGUUGUUAUUUUUUUUCUUUUGUAUUUUUUGUUAAAUUUAGUUUGCUGUAUUUAUGAAACUAUAUAAAAGACUGGUACAACUAUUUAUGAAAUUAAAAACUAUAAGGCAAUUCUUGAUUUAUUGUUAGAACUUAAACUUUUUCUUAUAAUACAUUUGGCCUUAGGAAAAAAUAAAAUGGUAUAACUAUUGUCACCAUCUGUAAAAAAUGUAUGUUCUUUCAAAUCCCAACUAACAGGACUAUCUGAAAAUCCUUGCACGUGAAAACUGCACCAUGGUAAAUUAUUUUCUGUUAAUAAAUAUUCUUUUAUAGCAUUAAAUAUUUGCAUUAUUCUUCGAUUAGAAAAAAAUCCUGUAUAUUGUAGAUAUUUUACUUGAUCUACUAAUAUAUUUGGCUUUGGACAUUCAUAUGUACUUACGUAUUUUGAUGUAUUUUCAUUUUUUCUAAAAAACAAAAAAUAAUAUAAACAAAAUGAUCUAUGUUAUUAUUUGAUAUUAUAUAAAUGUUAUUUUAAAAACGAUACAUACAUUUCUCCAGAAAUACUAAAAAAUCCAAGCCAUUCAAAAAAGGUAGUAUUAUUAAAAACAUCAGUAAUAAUAGGUAUAUUAACACGAUAUUCAGUUUUAUAUGAAAGCUUUUGACGGCAAAGUGAAACAGUAUAUCCACGUUCAUGGAACCAUGCAGCAACUGAAGAUGGACACAUCUUUUCAUCUUAAAAAUAAAUAAUUUGUACAAUGAAUUUAUGAAUGAAUAUGUAUUAAAUGUUAAAGUAUCAUUACCAAUAAAAAAUGCAUUAAAU